UCCGAAUACAAUUUAGUUCGGACAGUUAUUCCGUCUGAAAUCUAAGUUUAUUCAAACUACAAUCGACUCUAUCGUGUGACACUUCCUAAGUGUAACAUAUUUUUAACUGCCUUCAAAUUCUAAAUCCUAUUCUACUAUGGCCGCCGCCAAUGAGGACUGAUCACCCUCGUACGUCGAUGACCUCUCUACUUCCUCAAAACCCUUAAAAAGAAUUAUCUUGUCGACGAUGUCGAAUGAUAAUGUACCCGGUACCUUCCCGUUGAGCUCCCCUGACCCUACAGGCAGGACGAGUAUCGACGCAGGCACUCUCGACCUGGGCAUCGAUAGUGCAUGGACUUGUGGUGAUGAAGUCACCACUGGAGUCGAGCGUUCGUUGAGUCAGAGGGCCGAACCCCCGACUAGCGAUCAGCUGUCCUCAGACUCGUGGUUGGGUGCUCUGGGAGCCCCUUCCAAGUUGAGUCUUUCAGCCCCUGACAUCUCUGAUGACGGCACAGGCUCUGCUCCAAUGAGUAUUAGCCCUAUUCUGGGUAGUGUAGUUGGACUACAUACCUCUCGUCUAGUGGUUGGCGAAAACAAUAAAAAUGACGCCUCGUCUGUUGACGACGAAGUUAGUACCAUGCUAUCAGCACACAUGAGCUGGUUCGAUUUACCUGAUGAUGAUGAACUAGGUGCGGUACCUGAGUUCCCAGUAAUGAGUCCUUCUGUCCGAGCCCUAGAGUCCACUCCCCGAGUUAUCUAUGAACCAUCUGUAGCGUUGAAAAGAAAUGAACAAACAAUUAGCAAAGAGAGACCUCACCAGGAUGAACGGACUGAAAAAUGGGCCUCAGCCACGAUACGACAGCAGGACGGAGUCUCUGAACACGUUCGUAACGUUGAACAACAUGUGAGGAUACCCCCCAUAAUAGAUGACCUGCAAAAGGAAAUCAGAGAAUUGGAGUCUCUUGUAAUUGAGAGCCAAACACGUGAAUUGGAGUCACACCAGCAACUGCUAGAGUCUCGACGAGCCCCCACAAGGACUGAGAAGGGACAUUGUGAACAUUCAGUAAGAGUACAGCCCCAGGCAACAAAGACUCACUUCAAAAUGGACACUUCUCCAAUUAUCAAUCUCAAACCUACUGAGAGCUCUCGAUUUCAAUGA